AUGAUAUCAAGUUGCCUUCUGACUUUCAUCUUGCUAAUGAAAAUGUGUGUUGUGGAAACACAAGGAUUCUUCAAAUUAUCAGCCGACACUGCUGAGGUCAGUUCUAAAGAUGGGCAACUCAGUCACUUGAGACCAAAACGACAAUCUAGUCCAUAUGCUCUAGAAUACCUCGUGGUGGUGGAGAUAAAUGUUUCUGAGGUGAUUUUGAUACAGCAACUCAAAUCAUUCUCCAAUCUUCAGCUAGACAACUCCACGCUAAUCUAUUCUGUGAAUCUAACAACUGUCUGCCAAGUAAAUAAUACUGGAUACCAGUGCAUGUGUCAAGAUCAGUAUUUUUGGCCAUGUGACAAGUGCAUGAAAUAUGGGCAAUGUGAUGGCUCCACCGCAUCCUCAUGUUCCUGCAUUAAUGGUUUUCCAAAUGAUGGACAGUUCUGUCCGGCACUGAAUGACAUAUCAAAUGGAAGCGCAUGUCCAAGUUCAGCACCACCUAAAGGGAUCCAAAUAAGUAUGUCAUUGACGUUAAAUGAAACGUUUGACGUUGCACUUACCAACCAAAUAAGUGGGAAAUACAACAUAUAUAAGACCACAUUUGAGAGUGCAAUUGAUCAGAGUUACCGAGGCAUGGCAGGCUACAUACCUGGCUCUGUGAGAGUUUUAAGGUUCAGGCCUGGCAGCGUAAUUGUAGACUUUACAAUUAACACAACCUCAAACCAACUCGAUUUUAAAUCUGCAAACAGAGCGCUGUCUCAAAUACUUACCAGCAAUGGAUUUAAUGUUGAAACAAAUUCUUUUGCUUUAAGUGAUGAGUAUAAUCUAGCCCAAAACUGGGGCACAUUAUAUCCUCUGCAAGAUGUGCAGUUAAACUGUGGUCUUUCAACUGGUGUAAUGGGAACCAUUCAAUGGCGUGUGAAUGGACUUGAUCCUGCUCUAAAUCCUGCUAAAUACAUCAUCCUUAAUAACAACCGGACUCUGAUAGUAAUACAUGCCUCUGCAGUCGACAGUGGUACAUAUAAAUGCCUAACUGAAAACAACUCACUUACAUUUAUCCAGUGGCAAAACAUAGUGAUUCAGCCUUUUCCCAACAUACAAGUGGAUCCUAAUAAAGUCUUCAAAUGUGACAAUUUGUCCAUACUACUACAGUGCUGUGCUUACAGCAGCUAUACAAUAGAGUGGACCAAGGGCUCCGGGUCUCCACUGACAUCUACAGGUACAGUGUCCGGCUGCAUCGUGCAUAAUUACACUGUCCUGAAACAGGAUUGUCAGGCUGGUGACCAACAAAUCAUUUUCACAUGUCAGCUUUCGGAAAAAAGCCUGAGUGUGUUUAAUUACAGCUCCAAAAGCAUAGCGAUAAACAUAACCCAAAAAGCAUUCGACUGCUCUGACAGUACCUUCGGCUCUGGGAAUGUAAAUCAGACAACAUUUGCACAAUGUAAUGGAGAUGAGAUUGGCAUUCAGUGGGCAGUAUGUAAUAAAACAGGACAGUGGAGCAUAAGGUUUAAAAACUGCACCCUUCGUGUCAUCCAGAACCUGGAAGAUAACAUUGAAUAUUUAACUGCAGGAGCAGUGCCACAGUUUACUGCUAAUCUCAGUUCCAUUGCAGUACAGAACGCUGAGACUAUAACUACGGUCCCUGUGAAUCUCUUGAAAGUUGUUGAUUUGCUCAGCACACUUGCUGCUAUUUCGAAAUCACAAUCAUUUACUGUAGACAAGGUCACGAUGACGGAUUUCCUCAAAACUGUAGACGUUAUUACUUCUGAGAACGCCCAAGCAACAUGGAUGAGUUUUCACAAUGACAGUGCAAACAUGAAUGCAAGCUCUGUGCUUCUUCAAUCAAUCGAAAGUAUUGGAAGCAGUUUGUCGAGGGAUAAUUUUUCCAUAACAACACCAAAUAUCCAGCUAGUGAGGAAUCUAAACAACUUAAUCUUUGAAAUGUUUAACACAAGUUCCACAACACAAAUAGACCUUCCGGGGACUGGCACACCGUUCCCAGUCACUGUUAUUAUUUUCUCAGCACUAAGCAGUGUGUUACCUGUUCGAAGUGCACCCAACAUUGACAGCAGUCAAACUCAAUCCAGCAUCAAUGGGGAUAUAGUAGUAAUUGAUGGACAGUCAACAAUAAGCAAUGUCUCUCUUUUUUUGGAGGUUAAAAAUAAGACAUUAGGAAAUCCACACUGUGUCUUUUGGAACUUUGACCUUUUAAAUGGAAUGGGUGCAUGGGACUCUACUGGAUGUGAACUGAAGCCAAGUGAUUCAAGUAAAAAGUUAACAUGCCGGUGCAACCACACAACCUCCUUUUCCAUCCUCAUGUCCCCAUUUGUCCCAGAUGACAAAACACUGGCAUAUAUAACGUACAUUGGUGUAGGCAUUUCGAUGGGCAGCUUGGUUUUGUGCCUCCUUAUUGAAAGCCUUAUCUGGAAAUCAGUGACAAAAAAUGAUACAUCGUUCAUGCGCCACGUCUCCAUCACCAACAUCGCUCUGUCCCUUCUGAUUGCGGAUAUAUGUUUUAUAAUUGGAGCAGCAUUUGGAAAAACAGGGCAGCUGACACCAGUGGGUCCCUGCAGUACAGCGACGUUCUUUAUGCACUUCUUUUACCUUGCACUCUUCUUCUGGUUGCUUCUGUCGGCCCUUUUGCUUCUCUACCGCACCUUUAUAGUCUUCUCCAGAUUGUCCAGGGCCAUGAUGAUAGCCAUAGCCUUCACAGUUGGCUACGGAGGCCCAUUAAUUAUAGUUGUUGUUACUGUGGCAGUGACAGCAGGGAACAAUGGAUACAUUCAAAAAGAAAAUGUUUGCUGGCUCAACUGGUAUCAAACUAAAGCUAUGUUGGCAUUUGUGAUUCCAGUCCUGGUCAUAGUGGCUAUAAAUCUCCUGGUGCUGAUUGUGAUUGUAUAUAUGAUACUGAAGAGUGGAUUUAGAACAGCUGGUCAGCGAGAUGAGAAGCAUGCCAUAGUAAUCAUUGCCAGGUGUGUGGGCAUUUUAACACCACUCUUUGGUCUAACUUGGGGAUUUGGAAUUGGAACCAUGGUGUCAUCAGCAUUUGGUAUUCAUGUGGUGUUUGCCGUCCUUAAUUCACUACAGGGUUUCUUUAUUUUAGUUUUUGGAACGCUACUGGACAAAAAGAUUUUCGGCAUGCUCCUAAGGAGAUGGACGCAGCGAAACAUUGGCUCUAACGUCACUGGGAGCGCCUUUGGAGGACCACCAUCUUCUAAGCCGGAGGGUUUCUAUCACAAUUUCCCAAGGAGAUAUGGUUACAACAUAUCCACGGCAGCCUGCUGUUCAAAUCCACCAUCAAGCAACACAGAAACGUUUCGGUUCACGCGCAAGUGACAUUUCUGACUUGACCUGAGUCAAACUGAUUUCUUGAGGUGUAUUUAAUGCAUAAUGUAAUUUAUGAACUAGAAAUGAUUUAUUACAUUAAAGGAAUACUUUGUUACACUAUUAGUACAUGAUAUUUAUGACUUACAUUACCAUUAUCUCAUCUGAUUUAACAUUAAUAUAAUACUGAUUUAACUAUAAUAAUACUUAUCUGUUAAGAAAUACUGUACCAAUGUGAGAUGAUUUUUGCUUUUUGUUCAUGGCAAGACUGUGGGUCAAUAAAAAUACUUGUAUUCCA